AUGCAGUACUACCUGCCCCUCUUCGGCUCCUUCGACAACUUCCUCCGGGCGCUCCAGCGCUCCUCCUGCCUACUCUCGUCGGACCUCGGCAAGGUGAUCAAGCCCAAUGUCGUGUUCCUGCGAGAGUGCUGCGGGUUAGGUGACUGCGAUAUUGUCAAUCCGUGUGUCGCUGUGUCGAGGAUGCUGGCCACCAACCCGGAGCACGUCCGUGUGAUGGUGGCAUGUGCUGACAGAUUAGGUGUGCCGCGUGGCUCUGGGAUGUUCAGGCAAGCGCUGCAGGCUGUCGCGUUUCUCAGUGAGGACAAGAUCGCCGCCAAAGUGGACUACUUGAAGAACACCUUCAGGUGGUCUGCUGCUGAGGUGGUCAUUGCUUUGUCUAAGGCUCCGAUGCUGCUCAGGAUUUCUAAGGACAUGCUACAGCGCAAGUCCGAGUUCCUGCUAUCUGAGGUGGGGUUGGAGCCCAUGUACAUUGCUCAUUGA